AUGGGCUCCUCGAAAUCAAAGAAUUCGAGUUUCGAAUCAGUUUCGAAUGGUCUUUCGAGAUCCCAGAGUUCGCCGUUCACCUUGGAAAUCACUUGUCUCUCGCUGAAAGACUUGCCGAUACCUUUGGCGAUCUCCAACGGACUAGUUUCCCAGGCAAUAGCCUCUUUGACAGUACCAUCCUUCAAAGUGACUUUGACAGGCACUCUUUCCUUAGCGGCAAUAGCUGCAUCUUGUUUAGCCUUAAUCUGUUCGAAAAUCUUGAUUCUGUGGUCAAUGAAAGCUGGUUUGGGGUUCAACUCCAAAGGUCUCUUCACAGAAUCAUCGGACCCCUUCUUUUCGGCCUUCUUGGACUUCUUGUCGUCUACGGAAAGUGCUUGGACUUUCUUUUCGAUCUCAGCCAUGGUAAGUAAAAUAAAGUUAUUGAGUAAGUUAUAUCAUAAAUUUCCACUUUUCAACGAAAAAAGUCCGGAAGAAUCUUCUGUUCCUCCUGUGGAUUCUCUUGAAUAUGGUCAAGUCAAUCACAAUAACGAUGAACUAGUGGAGUUGAGAGGCGAAGGAAGAUACUUUGGAGUAAGUGAUCCUGAAUUGUCGCAACCAGUUUGUUCAAACUGCCAUCGACGCGGCCAUAUUAGAGUCAACUGUAAGGUAGUUGUUUGUCACGCGUGUGGCAAGGUGGACGACCACUACGAGACACAAUGUCCAAAUUCGAUGGUUUGUACCAACUGCGGUGAAAGAGGUCAUUUCCGCAACCAGUGCAAGCAAAGACGGAAGUUUAACUUCUGUACAGACUGUAACUCAAAGACGCACUCCGCCGAUCGUUGCCCGAAUAUUUGGCGAAGCUAUAUCACGCUUCCUCAGAACAAAGCUCACAAGUUCAAAUACCCUGCAGAUUUGAUUUAUUGCUACAACUGUGCAGAGAGAGGUCAUUAUGGAGACGAAUGUCUUCAACAGCGGGUCUCCAAAACACCAAACAUCAACGGAUCUGCCUUUACGGGAGAAAAUCUCCCUAGAGAAUUGAGGAGACAGUACCACUCAUCAUUGCCUAAGAAACGCCGACCUUUGUUUGACGAAUACAAACAAGAUAAACACAGAGAUAAGAAACCCAAGAAGCAUGAUAAACAGGACAACCAAGAGAAAAACAGUAAGUUUUCAGGAAAACCAAAAAAUGCCAAUAGAAUACCUCUCCAGCCAAGAAAAUCCGGUAUGCUGCCUCAAAAACCAUCGGGACUGCCAGCUCCUUCUCGAUCUGGUUUUGUGGGUAAGCGCAAACGACAUGAAUGGCGCGACAAACGCAAAUAG